AUGGUGGCCCCGGCCUUGAACGGGGCAAAAUUGAUGGCCGGACAAUCAUCCAUGGGCCCCCAGCCUACUCGAUCCUCGAGCACGCACCCGUCCCAUUCACACAAUGUGCCCUUAAGUGCUCGUAGGUCGGCACCGCUCGACUUGUCAACGGUUGAGCGGCGCGGUCAACCCAAUGCUCCCCGCGAGCCAGCCAAGCGCGUCCGGCCUCAGGGCAUCCCCGAGGCUCCCACUUUCCGCCCCACUGAGGAGGAGUUCAAGGAUCCAGUGGCAUACAUCCAGAAGAUUGCACCGGAAGGCAAGAAAUAUGGAAUUUGUAGACGGUUUCACUUCAAAACUCGUCGACAAGAACUCAACUCAGUCGAAGGAGGUAUGGCCCCGCGUUCAGCUGCCGCUACUACUGGUGCAAACACACCGGAUGACGCAUCCAACCCUGACUUUAAUCCAGGUAAUCGAGCCAAUAUGAACUACAUCGAUGGACUAGCCAUGUUUCACAAGCAACACGGGACAAAUUACAGUCGAUUACCGAGUGUAGAUAAACGCCCUCUCGAUCUGUACAAAUUGAAGAAGGCCGUUGAAAUCAGAGGCGGCUUCGAACAAGUUUGCAAAACGAAGAAAUGGGCCGAGAUUGGUCGUGAUCUCGGCUACAGCGGCAAGAUCAUGUCCUCGCUGUCAACCUCGCUCAAGAACUCAUAUCAACGUUACUUGCAACCAUAUGAGGAGUACUUGGCCCGAGCCAAGCCUGGGGUGCAGCAGCAGCUCGAACUGGAGCAUGGCGGCCCGUUUACUCCUUCGCCGCGUCCUUCGCCCAUGGCCAAAAAGCCUACACAGGAAGAAAACGGAACACCCUCAAAGAUUCUUGACGAAACCUUGGCUAUGCGCAUGCCCCUCGCUUCCAGCACCCCGAUGGAGAAGCCCUCAGAGCCAACUCCGCCGGUAGAGCCUACCCCUCCUCCACUGCCAGCGCCCUCGGGUUUCACCUCAGUGAAUGCAGGCGCAACUGGAUUCACCGCCGUCAAUCAUUCACCUGGCUUUGCGACUGUGAACAACGGCCCGGCGAUCAAGCGCGAGGGCGAGAAUGGCACUUCGACACCUCAGAGUAUCGCUGAACAGCAUCGUUCCACACCCGUGGCCAACGGCGAUGCUGCGAACUCUGUCAAGCGUGCCAUCAGUCAUGAUAGUGCCUCGCAGGCCGAGAAUGGAGAUAUUGAUGAAUUAAGUGGGCGACGCAAUUCACUGCCCACCGUUGCAGGCUCUCAUAUGUCCCUCCUCCGCCCCGCGCCGCCCAAGGCCCGGAAAGACGGGACACAGAGAACUGACGAGAAAUGCGAAUCAUGUGGAAAGUCAGAUGAUCCUGAUACAAUCCUUGUUUGUGAUAGCUGUGAUCUUGGUUAUCAUACCGCCUGCCUUGAUCCUUCCACGACUGCCGCUUCCGAGAAUGAUUGGCACUGUCCGAAGUGCCUUGUCGGUACUGGCGAAUUUGGAUUCGAAGAUGGCGGCGUUUACUCGUUAAAGCAAUUCCAAGAAAAGGCCAAUGAAUUCAAGAAGCGAUAUUUCGCUUCGAAGAUGCCCUUUGACCCUGUUCUAAACACUCAUCGUCGUGAAACCGAAGAUGACGUCGAAGCUGAAUUCUGGAAGCUGGUUGUCGAUCUACACGAGACUGUUGAGGUUGAGUACGGCGCGGACAUCCAUUCGACUACUCACGGCAGUGGUUUCCCAACCAUUGAGCGUAACCCACUUGACCCAUAUUCGUCCGAUCCUUGGAACUUGAACGUCCUUCCUUUCUAUGGCGAUUCGCUGUUCCGCCACAUCAAAUCUGAUAUAUCCGGUAUGACCGUGCCGUGGGUUUAUGUUGGCAUGUGCUUUUCGACUUUCUGUUGGCAUAAUGAAGACCAUUACGCCUACUCGGCCAACUACCAGCAUUUUGGCGCGACAAAGACCUGGUAUGGCAUUCCCGGUGCGGAUGCUGAGGCCUUUGAGACGGCUAUGCGAAAAGCAGUCCCUGAGCUCUUCGAGGGUCAGCCAGAUCUUCUGUUCCAGCUGGUUACCCUCAUGCCGCCGGAAAAGCUUCGUAGCGCUGGCGUCAGUGUCUAUGCUGUAGAUCAAAGAGCUGGUCAAUUUGUUCUCACUUUCCCUCAGGCUUACCAUGCUGGCUUCAAUCAUGGUUUCAACUUCAAUGAGGCUGUCAAUUUCGCACCCGCCGACUGGGAACCUUGGGGUGCCGCAGGCGUGGAGCGCCUCCAGACAUUCCGCCGACAUCCAUGCUUCUCUCACGAUGAGCUGCUGUUUACCGCAGCUACACGAGAUACAUCUAUUGCGACCGCGAAGUGGCUGGCUCCUGCGCUUGAGCGAACCAGUACUCGGGAGCUUGGCGAACGUGCAGCAUUUCUGUCUCGCCAUAAGGAAAUCAUGCCUCAUGAUUGCGCUCUUGGUGUCAAGUCUUCGAACAGCGGUUGUCAACUUAAGUUCGUAGUGGAGGAGGAGGAUCUUCCCGAGGAUGACUAUCAAUGCCAGCAGUGCAAGGCAUACGCUUACCUUACCCAGUUCCGCUGCCACAAGUCUGGCAAAACUCUUUGUUUGUCGCACGUGGAAGCCUUUGACUGCUGUGGUGACUCUCUUCCCCAGAAAUUCCUGGGACCGGAUCACACUCUUCGCUACCGCGUGAGUGACGCAGAACUGAAAGCGACUGUCCAACGAGUUCACGAACGAGCUAGAGCCCCCGAAAUAUGGGGAGAGAAACUCGACAAGACCUUAGAGGACGAGCCAAAGCCCCAGCUUAAGGCUCUGCAUAACUUGCUCAGUGAAGGUGAGAAAAUCCCGUACCACCUGCCUGGCCUUCAAGACCUUGCGGCUUUCGUCCAGCGUUGCGAUAAAUGGGUUGAGGAAGCAAACAACUACAUUACCCGGAAGCAGCAAAAUCGGAGAAAAAACGAGAAAGCGUGGCGGAGAGCCAGUACCAAGGCUGCGCAGCUGGACGAUCGAGACCGUGAAGUCCGCAGAGUGGAUCACAUCUACGCCCUUCUGGCAGAGGCUGAUAAACUUUCCUUCGACUGUCCACAGAUGGCGGCUUUGGAAGAGAAGACCCGCGAGAUCGAGAAAUUCCGCCAGGACGUUAACGCUGCCCUGAUGAACCCGUCCGCCCGAUCCGCCCAGGAGAUCGAGGACCUUGUUGAAGCCGGACGCAACUUCAAUGUGGAGAUGCCGGAAGUGGAGCACCUGGAGCAGAUCCACCGACAAAGAAAGUGGGUGGAAGAGGCUACUGCCAAGCGUGACAAGUAUCUUUCCCUCAAGGAUUGCCAGGAGAUUGUCGCCGCUGGUGAGCGGCUUGGUCUUUCCGACACCAACGAGCAUCUGGUUCAUUACAAGGAACUCCGCCGCUGUGGCGAAGCCUGGGAAGCCAAGGCCCAAGAACUGAUGUCAGUGGAAGCCGUUCACUACCAGCAAUUGGAAGCGCUCUCUGCCCAAGCAUCCCGUUUCCCCGUGGCUCCGGAUACUCUUGCCUCCGUUGAUGCUAUCUUGACCAAGCAGCGAGAAGCACAGAAGCGGAUCCAAACACUCUACGAACAGAGCAAAGACAGUAAUAUUAGAAACCGACCGAAGUACAAGGACAUUCGCGAGGUCAUAGAGUCUUUGGAGCAACUAAACAGUCGACCGAUUGGAGCUCUUGAUCUGGAACGUGAACAGAAACGGCAUGAGGAUUGGAUGCGAAAAGGCAAGAAGCUCUUUGGGAAGGCGAAUGCCCCUCUGCAUAUCCUCAAGUCUCAUAUGGAGUAUGUUGAAAAACGCAACUCGUACUGUUUCGAUCUCGAGGACAGCUAUCGACCCCCCGUGGAGCCUUCUUCGCGAGACAACACUCCGGAUGGAUUGCUUGAAACUGCCCCGAGCAAUGUGUGGGGUCCCAAAUCACGGAAGCGAGACGUGUUCUGUAUUUGUCGGCACUCAGAGGCAGGCAUGAUGAUUGAGUGUGAAGUUUGCCAUGAGUGGUAUCACGGCAAAUGUCUCAAGAUCGCACGAGGCAAAGUUAAGGAGUUUGACAAGUACACUUGCCCCAUCUGCGACUGGCGACAGAAGAUCCCUCGUGAUGCCGCCCGGCCUAAGCUCGAGGAUCUCCAAGACUGGCACGCGGAAAUCCCCAAUCUGCCUUUCCAGCCGGACGAGGAGGAGGUCCUGGACAGCAUCGUCAAUCAAGCCCUUGCCUUCCGUGAUUUCCUCCAGGGAUUCACCAACGCUGCCUGUACCACCACUGAAGAAGUACCUACUUUGAUCUUCUACCUGCGCAAAAUUGAAGGUGCGGAGGUUCUCCUGGCGUACGAGACGAAUUUCUUCCGACAGGAGAUUCACAAGUGGGCUCCUGUUGCGCCGGAACCCCCGCCCAUCUUGGAGCAGUCCUUGUCAACUCGGAAGCCUCGCCCGACCAAACAGCAAAAGAUCAUGGCUCAGCUUGGUGUUGAACGUCCUGAAGAUCUUCCAGAGCAUCUGCGCACGAAGCAUAUGCUUGCCACCAAACGCAAGUCAGUUGACGCGACACAAGUAAUUCCUCGUCCAUCUCUGCAGCCUACGCCACCGACCGCAGCCAACAGCCAGCCCCCCACAACCGGGCCAGCCCUGACUCCCAUGUCAGAACCAAUUGCUGCCGCGUACCCAUUCUCUGCGAAUUACUCCUUGCCAGCCAGCGACUCCACUCCUGCCUUUGCACCAACCUCUUCUGCUUUUCUGCCCCAUGCAGCGGCGGCUCCCUCAUCCCCGACCUUCCUUCCGCGCUCUCCCUCGCCCACUGGACAGGGCAUGGAUACUUCUCUCUUCAGCUCGCCGCGCUUCGGUGGCCGUGAGCCUCCGUUCGUCAGCAGCAGCCCGCGUCAGAAUUUAGACGAUAUGUUUGCGGACCUCACUAAUCAGGAGGACGUCAACCCUGAUGCUGAGACCAUGGAAAACCUUCAUGCCUCUGAGGUCCUUGACGCCCUGAACGCAAGCAACGGCACCAGUCGUGCAGGCUCCGUGCACGACGAGUCAGCUCUUGCCAGUGAGACCCAGCCUGCCACCGGGCCAUCUGCGGCGAAGCAAGAAGACCGUGAGCUAGAGGAGCCUGAGUCGGAGCUCUGA